AUGUCGCCUGCUCGAUCCAACCUCGUCGGGAAUAAUGGCUAUGACUACAGCUCCUGCGUGUGGCAGUUCGAGGGCUACGGGUACGUCCCCUCCGGCACCACGGGGGUGUCUAUCAUGCAGGUGUUCGGUGCCGGCGAGACGGCCACCAUGCUCAUGCUGCACGUCUAUGAUGGCGCGCUGCGGUACUACGACUGGCAGCUCGUGGAGGACGCCAUCUAUGACAGAUGGUUCCGGCUGAACGUGGUCCAUGAUGUCGAGGCGUCGACGCUCACCGUGUACAUUGACGGCGAGCAGAAGCUGCACGUCCAUGGCCGCAGCGGCGACUCUCACUACUUCAAGUUUGGUGUGUACGCGCAGAACCAUGACUCCAGUUGCAUGGAGUCGCGCUGGAAGGAUCUUCAAGAAGCAUUAGAAUUUUUUGUGUGUAUAUAUACAUAUGUAUAG